ACAUGAAUUUUGCGACAAUAUUAUUACAAGAAGCAAAGAAGCAACAAGAUAACAAGCAAACAAGCAGCAAUAACAUGGAAUUGUCCAAUACAUCGUCACUUAUACAUUAUGCAAGUAGCAAUGAAAGUAACAGUUGUGAACCUACAGAAGGUAUGCAUAUAUGGAUAAAACCCUGUUACUAUUACAUCUAUACAGCAAGUAUAAAGAUAAAUUCAAUAGCGGAAAAGGUACUGUCAAGCAGUACUGGAAUAAAAUAGCACAAAGUAUGCAAAAAGAGAAAUACAAUGUGUCAGGCUUGAAAUGUUCUACAAAAUUCCAAUCCUUGAAAAGGACGUUCAAAACUGUGAUAGAUCACAAUAAAAAAAGUGGGAACAAUCGAAAAGAAUGGGAAUAUCAAAAGAAUAUGGAGGAAUUAUUUUCAAAUAAACCAUGGGUACAACUUCUUAAUAUAGCUGGAUCACACAUUGAAGACGAUGUAAAAGAAGAAAAAGAAAAUAUAUUAGAAAGAUGUACAAAAAAAGAGGAAAUUAAGUAUGCUAGUAGAGGAAUAUAUAAGAUUUUCAUCACAAACCAUCUAAAACAAAGUUAUGUAUACAUAUAUGUUUAUAACAUUUGUUUACAAUAGGGUUUACAAUUCCAAAAUCGAAUCAAUAAUAUUUAAUUGUUUACAAUAGAGUUUAUGAUUUCAAAAAGGAAUCAAUAUUUAACUGCUAUAAAUUAUAUUAAUGACUUACUUGCAGUUGUAUCGAAUGAAAUCCUUUUCGGUUCACAUACGAUUCACUAUUAUCUCUUGGUGCAAUAAUUUUGACAUAUGUUCCGUCAAUUGCACCAAUCAUUCCUGGAAACCCAUACUUCUGUUCUAUUGUAUUCAUUGUUUUUCUGUUUCUUCCAUAGUUGGCCAAGAAAUAAAUGUUGCUACUCUUGCAUAUAAACAAUUAACAACUUUAUGUACACUUCUCCAUGCUGUGGCUUUUCCUACAUUGAAUCUGUCUGGAACACAUCUGAAGUAUCUGCUUGUUAAUCUGUUUAUUAAAUAUCAAAUAAAAGUGACAAUUAUAAAUGUACAA